CGAAACUUGAGAGAGAAAAAAACAACAAAGAAUGAAAAUUCGGAGCCAAUCUUUUUUCUUCAUCUUCUUUAUUUCCAUUAUAUUCAACAUUCUUGCUUCUCCUACGCUCCAAAGGGAUGCUCUUUUGGAGUUCAAAAAUGAGUUCCCGUUCGAUGCAUCAGACCCAUAUGCUCCUUCUGAACCCCCUUUAAGUUCGUGGAACACGAGCAGUGAUCACUGUUCCUGGAAUGGUGUCACAUGCGAUGCUAAUUCCAGUGAGGUAAUAUCACUAGUCCUUGAGUACACCUAUCUCAAUGGCUCUUUGAAAGCAAACACUAGUCUCUUAAAACUCCAACAUCUUCAGAACCUAACCCUUUACAGUUGUGAUCUCAUAGGAGAGAUUCCUUUUUCACUAGGAAACCUUUCUCAUCUCAAACAUCUUAACAUUUCUGAUAAUAAUGGUUUGACAGGUGAAAUUCCAUCCUCUAUAGGAAACCUUUCUUAUCUCAGUUUUCUUGACCUCUCUCAUAAUGAUUUGGUAGGUAAAAUCCCAUCUUCACUAGGAAACUUGUCCCGUCUCACAGUUCUUGAUCUUAGUGACAAUCGCUUGAUAGGUGAAUUUCCGUCUUCAAUUGGCAAUCUAAACCAGCUAACAAUUAUUAGCUGUUACUCAAAUAAACUGAAUGGUACCCUUCCUAGUUCAUUUUCCAAUUUCAACAAGCUCUCUUAUUUACUUCUCACAGGUAAUAAAUUCUCCGGUGGAGAUUUACCUCUUAUACUAUCAAAUUUAACCAGCUUGUCCUAUUUAGACAUUUCCGUUAAUCACUUCAAAUCAAAGCUCCCAUCAAACAUGAGUGGACUCCAUAACUUGGAGGUAUUUAGAGUGAAUACUAACUCUUUAAUCGGGACUUUCCCGACAUCUCUGUUAACAAUUCCUUCCUUAAGAGAGAUUUCUUUGAGUGAAAACCAGUUAGAGGGACCCUUAGAGUUUGGGAAUACAUCCUCAUCAUCGUCUGAGUUAGAAGUGCUAGACCUUGCUUCUAACAAUUUCUACGGACCAAUCCCAGAAGAUAUAUCUCGAUUUCCUAAACUCGAGUUUAUAGAUCUUAGCAAUAACAGUUUCAUUGGACCAAUCCCUAGAUCUAUGCCCCAAUUAGUCUCCCUCAAGUAUCUAGAUCUCUCUUACAAUAAGUUGGAUGGUCAAGUACCAAGUUUCUUGUGGAGGCUACACACCUUGACGCUUUCUCAUAAUUCUUUCAGCAGCUUCGAGGAAGAUGUCGUCAAUGGAAGUGACCCUGAUCUUAUGAGUUCAAAUUCAUUCCAAGGACUAUCCAAAGUUGAUAUUAGUUCAAAUUCACUGCAAGGAUCAUUACCCGGAUGGAUCUGUAAGUGUACAUCAUUGAGCUUCUUGGAUCUGUCAAACAACCUCCUCUCUGGUUCCAUUCCUUCAUGUUUGGUGAACUGUACAGCUUCUCUUGGCUAUAUACUUCUAAGAAACAACAGCUUGAGUGGAUUCCUACCAGACAUAUUUACCAAUGCCACCGAGUUACGAUCACUAGACGUUAGCCGUAACCAGUUAUCGGGGAAGCUUCCGAAAUCUUUGAUCAACUGCACGUCUAUGGAAUAUCUGAAUCUGAAAGUAAACAAGUUUAAGGACACGUUUCCGUCUUGGUUGGGAUCUUUGGGAUCAUUAAGUGUUAUGUUUCUCGGAUCAAAUGCAUUUUACGGUCCAAUCUCUUCACAUUUUGGGUUUCCGAGUCUGCGGAUCAUUGACAUAUCGCACAAUAACUUCAAUGGAACACUGCCACAAGAUUAUUUUGUGAACUGGCCUGAAAUGUCAUCGAUGGUGGGAAACGAAUAUUAUGAAUUGAGUGACGGCAUAGACACAUUUAUGUCACGCAUGGGGGGUUUAAGCUAUGAAGAUUCGAUGGAUAUGAUGUAUAAAGGUGUAGACACAGAGUUUCAACAGAUCUUAUAUGUGUUCAAAGCCAUUGAUUUUUCUGGAAACAAAUUUACGGGACGGAUCCCUAAAUCAAUUGGCUUGUUGAAGGAAUUGCGUCAAGUCAACUUUUCAAGAAAUGAAUUUACAGGAAGUAUCCCAUCAUCCUUGGCAAAUAUAACAAACCUCGAAGCACUAGACCUCUCUCACAAUAAGCUUUCGGGUAAUAUUCCUCGUGAUCUUGCUAACCUCUCCUUUGUGUCAUACUUGGACUUCUCCCACAACCUUCUCCAAGGUCCGGUUCCAAGGAGUACUCAGUUUCAAAGGCAGCAUUGUUCUUCGUUCGAAGACAAUCUUGGACUCUAUGGUCUCGAGGAUAUAUGUGGACGGAGUCAAACACCCGGAGAUACGCAAGAAUCCGAGGAAUUUUCACCAGAAGAGUCUGAAGAAGUGUUGAACUGGAUAGCUGCCGGAAUAGCAUUCGGACCUGGUGUGUUCUGUGGAUUGGUGAUCGGAUAUAUCUUCUUCACUUCACACAAGCACCAAUUCUUCACGGAGAAGUUCGGCCGAAACGGCAUCAAAACUGUUCGUUAAACACUCUCUCAACUUUGUUUCUUUUAAAUUGUCUUGUAAGUCUUUAUUCCAGUAAUUAAUUGGUUCGUAGAAGUGUUGUGUUUGUUACUUUUGGUAACAUUGUUGGUGUUAUAGCUUGUAAUAGUAAGAAUGUAUAGCAUUUGUAAGUCCUUUUUAUAACUUGUGGAGAAUGGAGUUUCCAAG